GAUGCAGGUGAACUCCUUGGAGAUUGAACACCCCUGGGACACCCUCACCGUCACCUACCAGUCUGAACUGACCAACAGUGAUGUCACGUUCCGUUUGAAGAACAGUCACGUGACAUACCUGCAGCUAACGGCGGGUACAGUGAGCCUUGCCUUCUGUGCUGACUUGAUGGAACAGAAUCAAGGAUUCGCUAUUGACGCUCGCAUAUAUCCUCUCAACGAUUCUGAAAGCACAUCGGGUUUGCUGUGUGGCGGUGCAGAUGAUUUCAUAUGCGCAUCUGGUCUGCAGUCUAUAUCCUCAUUGGCUCGAUGCGAUCACGUGAUUGACUGUCACGAUUUCUCCGACGAAACGGAAUGUGGAGGUAAUCAUUUUCGCGGAAACAUGAAAAAUAACCAAAAAGACAUAAACUCACUGCCAUUUUGAUUAAAUGUAUCCAUUGGCUUUCUAUUUGCUGGGCAUUCAAUCAUUUGAAAGUCCAUGAAUACAUCAAAAAAGGCAUUCAACAAUCAAUGUCCUUGCUCUUGCUCUUCUAUUCUUCUGCAAUGUAAACUCGCUUCUAGUCACUAUUAUCAUCGACAUUUUUAUUACUUUUAUUGUUAUAAUUAUCAUUAUUA